AUGGCUGAAAGUAUGGAAAGAUAUUCGGCUCCAAGAUGGAAACCCACAGCGGAGCAAUUGGAAAUAUUGGAGGAAUUGUAUAAGAAAGGCAGUCACAGUCCAAACACAGAGCAAAUACAUCGUAUUGCUGAUUGUCUGAUGAGAUAUGGAGAAAUACAAGCAAAAAAUGUCUUUUACUGGUUCCAAAAUCGUAAGGGGAGUGAGAGACUCGGCAAACGUAAGAGGCUGCAUGAAACAAUGGCUUCACUUACACCCAUGCCCACUCAAAACAAAAACGCUCAGUGUGGAAUUGGAUGGCCAUGGCCAAGGAUGCAAAUGGGAUUACAUAAGGAAACAGAAGCAAAUAAGAAGUGGAGCAUUCCCGAAGAGAGAGUAGAAAACGUAGAAUUAGUAUGGCCUGCAAACAUAAAUUCAAGAAAUGGAGAAUGGUCAAUGGACAUUAGGUUAGGAGAAUCCAGGCCAACACAAUAUACACAAUAUGGGGAAUGUGAACAUGUAAAUGAAACGGUGCAAACUCUGCAAUUAUUCCCUCUUAAUCCAACCAACAUUGGAUGUAAAAAUGAUUAA